UCGAGACGUGUCUACCAUCAUUUAGUCUUAACGUUAAUACUAAUCACCAUGUCUUCUGUGAUUUUCACUAUAUUGUGUUCUUUAUGUUUUUGUGAAGGUGCUAAAAUAUUGGCUGUUGUUUCUACACCUAGCUACAGUCAUCAGGUUUACUUUCAUAAUUUAUGGCGCGAGUUGUUGGCCAGAGGACACCAUGUCACCCUUAUUUCAACCGAACCGAUAUACGAUAAUGAUUUGAUUAAUUUAACCAAUAUUAAUAUAAACGCAACUUAUGAUGCUGUGGAUAAAAUGAAAUUGAUGGGGAAGGAGUUUUCCAUGUGGCAAUUGAUAAAUCAAUUCGAAGAUUUCUUAAGAACCUCGACGAAAUUACAUUUUUCUCAUCCAGAAGUUAAAAAAUUACUAAAUGAUUCGAGUGCACAUUUUGAUUUGGUGAUCUACGAGCUGGUAGCUUCCUCUUUAGUAUAUUCUUGGAAAUUCUCUUGCCCAUCGAUUUUGGUUUCUUCCUUGGAUAGCAGUUUGGAGGACCAUUUUAUACUGGGUAACUCUUUUCAUCCUCUUGUUACUCCAGAACAAAAUGUUCACAUCGCAGAUCCAGAAAAAAUAUCUUUCUUAGAAAAAUUAGUAUCAAUCACUUACAGUGUGUCGUGUAUUAGUUUUAUGUAUACAAAAUUUUAUCCUGCCGCAGAAGAGGAAAUUAAAAAGCAAUUGGGGUAUGAUGUUCCUUCUUUGUGGGAGUUAAGUAGGAAUAUAAGCUUGAUUAUGGAUGCCACUAAUCCAAUUUUUCAUAAUAUUAGAGCAGUAGGGCCUAAUACAAUACACAUCGGUAGUGGUCUACAUAUAAACAAACCGAAAUCUUUACCUGAAGAUCUUAAAGAUUUUUUGGAUAAUUCUCCAGUACCAGUGGUGUACUUCAGUUUAGGGACAAAUGUAAAAGGAAACCUUCUGAACCAAACCACCAAGGCAGAAUUUUAUAAGGCUUUUUCUGAACUUCCCUACAAAUUCCUCGUCAAAGUGGAUUGGGAAAAUUUGACCAUUCCGAAAAAUGUGAAAGUCGCUAGAUGGUUACCACAACAAGAUGUAUUAAGGCAUGCAAAUGUAAAACUGUUUAUAACCCAAGGAGGUCUUCAAUCGCUGCAAGAAGCUGUAACAAACGCUAUACCAAUGGUGGGAAUACCAUUUUUCGGGGACCAAUUCCAAAACGUUCAAAAAAUCGUCAAAAGAGGCAUCGCCGUUAAACUUCACAGGCAUGAAAUCAGCAAAGAAACCAUAAAAAAUGCUAUAACCAAAGUAUUAACUGACCCCACCUACAAACAAAAAGUCGAAGAGAUGCGUGAUUUAAUGUACGACGAGCCAAUGACAAGCUUGGAUAAAGCCAUCUGGUGGAUAGAGUAUGUACUUAGACACAAGGGGGCGCCACUGUUCAAGAGCAACGCCGCCAAUAUGCCUAUGUACGAAUAUUUGAUGCUAGAUGUAAUCGGAGCUGUUUUAGCAUUUUUAAUAGUUUUGAGUGUUUUUAUUAAGCUUAUAUACAAAUCAUUAAAAUUUAUAUUGAGUAGGUUAAUUGGAGGAUAUUUUGUAAAAUCUAAAAAGAAGAGAGAUUAAAUGUUUAAUUUAUUAAAU